GAGGGAGAGAAGAGCCAGCCCAUUGUCAGACGCACCCCAAGGAAGAGAGAGAGAGAGAGAGAGAGAGAGAGAGAGAGAGAGAGAGAGAGAGAGAGAGAGAGAGAAUCUCGGGGGCAGACACAGNGAGAGAGAGAGAGAGAGAGAGAGAGAGAGAGAGAGAGAGAGAGAGAGAGAGAGAGAGAGAGGGGGGGAUGGAGCUGCCACCAGGAUUUCAGGAAAGGUUGACGAAGAUGAUCUCCACCCGCGAGGAGCAGGAGGAGGCUGUUCGACGCGAGAGAGAAUCUCGAGAGGAGAAGGAGGUACUUCUCCAGGGGGUGCAGAAGAAGAUUCUCCUCCUGGAACAGCAAAGCCAGGCUCUUCAAGAGAAAACCUGUCGCAUCACUGGUCAGACUUUGCAGGCGAAGCUGGAUGCGGAAGACGCCUCCUCUCGAAUUCUCUCUCUUCUUCGCUCUGUACAGGAGCAAGAGAGAGUAAUUCGCGCUACCCGAUCGGAGGCUGAAGAGAAGAGAGGCAUCUACGAGAGGGCAUCCAAGGAAACGAGGGGAUACGAAGCCGCCAAGCGGGAAGAGAUGCAGGGUUGGGAGAGGGAGGUGGCUACAGCCAUUGCUCGACGAAACAGAGCUGCUGACGCGGUGGCAGAAGCCGAGAAGGAGAGGCGGCAAGGGCUUGACCAGGUUGUCGCUGAGGUUCGGACUGCUGAGGCUGCCGUGCGAGAUUCACAGCAAUUGCUAGGUCAGCUGAAGGAGGAGGAGGAGAAGUUGCAGGCAGAGAGAGCGGCGUUGGGCAAGCGCGUGGAGGAGGUCCGACGCAAGAGGGAAGAAGAGGCAAGGCAUCUAGCGGAAGCAGGGCAGAGGAAACGGCAGAGCAUCGAGGAAGCCAGAAAGGAGAAGGGGAAAGUGGAGGCACAAGUCGAUGAAGCAGCUCGACGCCGACAUCUCCUCGAUCGGGAGUUGGAGGAGCUCAAGCGGCGCGCCGACGAGAGGAGACGACUGCUGCAGCAGAUUUGAAUUGCCUUAACUUCACGACCUUACGAGCGCCCACGCCACGUC